AGCAUAGCAUAGCUCGAGAAUGCCUGUGCUCUAGUUGCUUGGGCGCUGGCCCCAGCGCCCCAUGGGGGAUGAUGCAGACUGCCUGGAGAUGCCGGGGCAGCCGUAUGCCCUGGCCUUGUGGAACCUCAUCAUCCGGCCACCCCGCAGGCGCUAUGACCUCCUGCGCCUGGGGCCCACGGAGUUCCGCCUGUGGAGCUGCGGGGUCAAGCGGGUGGACUAUGAUCUGAACUGCAGCCGAGGGCUGAAGCUCAGGUGCUCGCACUUUGUGCCGGAGCUGGGCGAGGCAGAGGCAAGGCCCUGCGUCAUUUACCUGCACCAGAACGCGUCCUGCAGGUUAGAAGCCUUGCAGCUGGUGCCUAUGUUCCUGCCGCUGGGGAUCUCGCUGUUCUGUUUCGAUUUCGCCGGCUGCGGGGAGAGCGACGGGGACUACAUUUCUCUUGGGUGGUUUGAAAGAGAUGAUCUAGCUGAUGUUGUGGAACAUCUCCGAGCCUCCGGGCGGGUGUCCUCCAUCGGCCUGUGGGGUCGGUCCAUGGGCGCCGUCACUGCGUUGCUGCAUGCGGACCGUGAUCACUCCAUCGCAGGGAUGGUGUUGGACAGCCCAUUCUGCAACUUGCGGCAGCUCGCCGGUGAACUUGCGCAAAGCGAGUACCUGUCAGUGAAGGUGCCCAGCUGGCUGCUUUCUGGCGCGCUGGCGCUGGGCCGCAUGCGAAUUAAGUUGCUUUGCAACUUUGACAUUGACGAGCUCUCUCCUAUUGACCAUGUCGGCAAUACGUUCAUCCCAGCAUUUUUCUUGCACGGCGUGGACGAUGACUUCAUCAAUCCGCAGCAUUCGCAGAAACUCCACGAGGCCUACACUGGCGAUAAGGAGUUGGAGAUUGUCGCAGGGGAUCACAACACGCAGCGAGACAUGCACGUGACGCGCAAGUCGGUCUUCUUCCUCAUGCAGGCCCUCCGGUGCAAUAUGUCGCCUUUGGGCGAGGGGAGCCUCGCAUCUCUGCUAGGUUUCGAUGCCGGCGAAGUAGACUCCUGUGUGGAUCGCAAGGUGCUGUCUACACGGGUUCAAGCAGAGGCAGCCAGACUUUUGGCCACCUCGAGUCCAGAGCGGAAGGGCAUCCGCCUGCGGGAGGCGCAGCGUGUGUCGCUGUCCUGUCGCCUGGAGGGGGCCAUGCAGCUGACCCGGGCGGGCUCGGAAGCGGGCUACUGCUUCGGGCUGCUGCCACAAGCCUCGGACUAUGGUGGUGCGAACCGGCCGCCCGUGGUGAUCUUCGCGACCAUGUCCCCGAAGGGGCUCAGCGUCACGCAGGCCGUGGAGGGCCGACCCUUGAAAGUGCUGGGGCAGAUGGACAGGGCGAUCGAGGUAGGCAUGCCGGUGCUUUUGGUGGCCGAGUUGACUGACAACUCCAACCACGACAGCUUCUUCGCACCUCCGCAGCCGACGACCUUGCGCCUGUCCCUAGGUGAUGGAGGUGCAGAGAUCAACCUAGCGCUGAGCGAGGAGUACAAGAAAGACGGGUUCUGCUGGCCUGUGAUCAUGGGAGGGGAUGCUGAAAUCUUCGACGUUGACAGCAAGGACCUCAUGGGCCGGCAGGCAUCUUCCGAGGCUCCGGGGGCCGGCGGAGGCGCAAGAGCCAACUCAGCAACGGCUCGGAUCGCUCCGAGACCCGUGCGGUGCCCAGCCCGCCGCCUGAGCCGGCGCCCAGCCACGAGGUGACCAGCUGCUGCCGGCAGUCCUAAGCUUCAGACGGCCGGCGCGUGCGCGCAGGGGGCGCCCGAAGAUGCCCGGAGGUAUCGAAAUG